AACCCAAAACUUUGCCAUGUCUUUAGUUAAUGAAGGGUUUAGUAAUGGCCCUAUCAAUCUCGAUUUCCCGUUUCUGAAUAGGAAGAUUUAUCUACCCUCUUGGGAUCAAAUUUCGAGUGAUUACUUUUUCAUUGCGGGUAUCUGUAAUGGCCUUGUUUGCAUAAAUGUAUCUCGCUUUGGAUGGCCCUUGAUUUUAUGCAAUCCCUCUACCAGACAGUUUCGAGUAGUUCCAGGUGCCAGACGGAUAUGGGCAGGCGUUCCUAAGUUGUGUUUUGAUAUUCAGUGGCUCAAUUUUGGGUUUGGCUUUCAUCCCAGUGCUAAUGAUUACAAGUUGAUUAGGAUUGUGCGUUAUUUUACUCCUACCGGGGAAGACAAUAUCCGAGUUGAUCUGUAUGCGAUGAGCUCCGAGACUUGGAGUGAGAUUGAUGUGAAUAAGGUUUCGUUGUUCUUUAGGGGGAUCGAUGACUUUGGGGAGAAUGAUGCGUUGGUGGAAUUUUGUGGUUCUUCUGCUUCAGUAGUCCUGAAUGGAGUUUUCUAUUGGCCGGCGAUUAUGGAGAGUGAUCAAUUGGUUGUUAUGUCUUUCGACAUGGGUGAUGAGGUGUUUAGAAAAAUAAGAACACCGGAGUGUUUGGAUGGGACUUGGGAUGAAAUUUACUGGCAAUUUACGGAAUUAGAUGAUAAACUUGCUCUCGUUGUUUCUCGUCAUGAAAGUGGCUUUGAUGUGUGGGUGUUGAAUGAAAACGAGAGUUCUUGGACUAACCAAAUUAAAGGUGUAUCUGUUCCAAGGAUUGCAAGUGAUAUGGCAUAUGGGGAAUAUAGUGAAUGUACAGUGGUGGGAGGUAGGAAUAAUGGUGAAUUGCUAGUGGCUGAACACAAAGUUUCUGGCUAUAUAAAGCUCUUUUCAUAUGAUACAAAGACCCGGCAGACUAUGGAUCUUUGUUUUGGUCAUGUUCAGUAUGAAUCUUGUCUUUAUUUUUACACGGGGACCCUACUUCCAGUCAUGCAAGCCAAUGAAGUCUUGCUCAACUAGAACAAGAAGAAAAGGGGGCAUUGAGUUCGCAGAAUCUACUCUGGAGUGAUUAGCUAUUUCUUAUGAUUCUUUCUCUGGUCACGUUUAUUUUAGUUGCGGCAGCUUAACGAUGCAUGAAGUAGUCUCUUUUGAAAACUUACUUAAACUACCUUUUUGUUACUGCUGUGUCGUGUUCCAUGUACGACUCCAAAAGUACUUUCUUUUGUAUAUGUAAUUUCAAAACGACCGGAGACACCAUAGCACUAUCCAAUACUCUAUAUCUUACAGGUGGUAUGUGUAAUCAACUGGCAAGUGCUAUAUUUUGGAGCCUAUGUUUCGACUUUGAAGUGAUGUAACAAUUGGUUGAGCUUAAAAUGUAUCGGUGUUGGUGCAUUAAGAUUGUUAUGUUUUCUGGAGUACGAAUGUGCAGGUCUUCUGUUCUCCGUUUUCUUAUGAGCAUGUCUUCGUAUUUACU